CUCUCUCUUUCUCUCCGCUCUUUCUUUUCUCCCUUGGCCUCCAGAUCAACUGUGUUACUCUUCUCUUUUUCCUUCCCCUCUCCCUCCACCUUCUCUCCACAGUUUUCUCCAAAAUUUCAUUAUUACGAAUCCAUUCCGUCUUGCCUGUCCUUUCUGUCAUUAUAUCACAUCUUGCCCUUGUCCCCCCCACCCAUCCAAUGUUGCUAGUCUUCAUAUCAUCUUUAGUCCCCUAAGUGUCCUUUCUUCGAUUUUCUCAAAAGCCAAGCAAUGAAUUUUUUGUUUGCCACUGAUACUCCUGCACAGUCAACUGUUGGCGUCAAUCACAAUAAUUCCAUGUCUGCUCCUGCAGCAGCAACUCAAACUCCAGCCUCGAACCAGGACAUUGAGCUCGUCAUCGACAUUGAAUCCUCAUUCCAUGGAGUCCUUGUCGGUUUACCCGAGGAAUCCACUGGAGCAGUUUUGAAUGCAACAGCCAUUCUCCAUGUCCGAAAAAAACCUAUUCGUGCUACAAAACUCAUGGCCACCUUUGAUGGCAGAAUCAAAGUGCAAUGCAGUGAUGGUGCCACUUUUGGCCCAGAACAGUAUCGUGAGCGAGUUUUAGCUCAUAAAGACUGGAUCCUCUGGGAAGCAGGCGGCAGCAACACUCAUACAGAGUCAGGAUCAAAGAAUCACAUCCCCAUCGGUACCCAUUACUAUCCAAUUUCAAUUCAACUGGAUGGAGCAUUGCCUCCAACUUUUAGUGGCAAACAUGGUUCUAUUCGAUACAUUCUAUCCUCAUCACUUCUUCGCCCGUUGUUCUACAGCGAUAUUAAUUCAGUCCAAGAAAUUGAGAUCAAGCGCUGUCUUGUUGGAGAAGCCCCAAGAAACGAGGGGCACUUGGCUCAGCAUACAGGUCAUUUGGAUCUUGGAUCAUUGCUCGUCAAUCAACUCUCUCGGGCGGGAAUCUCUGGCGCAUUGAACGAGCACGGGCAAGGGCUCGCCGCUCAAGCCUCUAAUCUUCCCCUUGGUCCAACAACUAUUACACAUCACAAAACACACAAAGAGCUACUCCGUUACACUGCAUCAUCACCUCCAAUUGCUCAUUUGGAAGGAGGACUCAUCCAGGUUGACUUGACCUUAGAACCACUGCCUCCAGGAUCCUACAUCUAUUCAAUCGCUUAUGGACUUAAAGAAGUAAUUUAUUACCGCUCUUCAGCCACAGGCAACCAAGCUGAUAACAAAUCAGAAAUCGUAUACCCCAUCGGACAGCAGACAGUCAUUAUUCCACGGGACUUGGAGCGGGAACGGGCCAUGUCCAGUGCUGGUGCUGGUGCAUCAACGCGACAGCUACUGGAGCUUCGACCAUGCCCACUUUUGACAAAUGUCGAUAUUAUAACGCCGCUCAUCGAGGUUCAACAUCGUAUUGUUUGCAAUGUAGUCAUUGUGUUGCCAGAAACAAUUCGUCGUCGCAACACACUGUCUGGCAGCCAAAACGAGCAAAACGGUGCAUCAACUAGUGGCGCAGGCAGCAUCCUUCGAAGGCUCAAUCUUGCACCACAGCCCUCGUCGCCUAGUUUAAACUUGGUUGAUUCCAAUGGAACUGAUGUUCUCAAUAAUGCUGUCUUCUUGGGUGAGCCUACUCACUCAAUUAUUGAACCGGCACGUGCGCCCGCAACCAUUGAGCUUAACGAUAGUCCUCCACCUCCACCUUCCUCCCAAUUGGAGAGUACGCUUCUAGAAUUCCCCAUCAUCCUCACAUCUCGUUACCCCUCAUCCUCACGUGUUCAGCAUCAAAUGUUGGCUCAACCCAUCGUGUGUUCAGAUAGUGCACAGAGUCAAAGAAUUGUUGAUGGGAACCCAUAUCAGCCAUUACCCAAUAGUAGUUUUUCCGAAUCACUCAAUUCACGUUCCAUAGCUAUAUCUGCACCACACGAUGAACAGCAACCGGUCACAUUGGCACCCCAGCAAUUUGUCCACAACCAGGAAAUCCCACCAACGAUUAUCCCUACAACUGGGACGACCGUCCAAACCGGCGUAGGGCCGACAUUGGCUCUAACAAUGUCAGAAUCGCCUUCUUCCUCACUCUCGUCCAUGUCCUCAUCUAAUUUGGCGGAUGAAACUCAAAACAACUCCUCUUCUUCAUCCCAGGCAUCUCCAUUUUUGGGAAACACCAGCCAGGAUACAUUCACCAGUGGGCAAAGAUUUUCCGACCACACGUCAUCUAUGGAUACAGUCACCAGAUCUUUGAAUGACAUGCGUUUCUCCGCUAGAGCCCCUACCCAAAGUGGUAUCAGUGCUGGUCUUCGAGCCGCUGCUAAUACACCCUUUGAUCCUCAGACUGGUCAUCAGCCAGAGCCAUCAUCUCGACCUCCCUCAUAUGGGCGACAAGUCCCUCAAUCUUCACAAUCUGGACAAACCUCACAAGAAGAACCUCCAAAAUAUGAGGAUCUCAUCGAUAUUUCAGAGACGCCCGAGACAGGACUUGGGAUUACGCUAUCACAUACUAUGCCAGUCUCCAUGCCAAUGCAAGUCCCACGCCGUGGAUACCAAGUGCCUAACGACCUACAAUCUAUGAAUCCUUAUUCAUUUGGACUAGCGCAAUCCCCAUUACUGAGCCAGACUGUGAACUCAUCAUAUCCAAGGAAUCACGUACUUUCCUCUUCGUUUUCCUCAAGUCCCAUAUCUUCUCCUAAUGAAAACGGUGGAUUCAUGGCAAGGCGAGACAGCCAGGGAUCGAGUCCUCAGGCCAUGUUUGGCAGAAGUUUCCGUAAUCAGACAGGAUCUACGAUACUAUCGACAUCGCUGAGCAGAAGUCCGGAACACUCUUAUACGAUGCCCGCAACAACGUUCAUGCCGAUGACUCCUGUUCAGCCUACAGCUAUGCAAUCCCAGGCCUGUGGACCAACCUCAAUACACCGGCAAGCCAGCUUAGGCCACCGGCGCCAGCGCAGCGUUGGCACAGCCACGAUCAUCGGAUCCCUCGGACGUAAUGGCGGAUAUCUGUCGCAACAGCCUAUACCAUUGUCGAUGACUGACAUACCGGUCGCCGCUCCUGUGCCUGGUUUGGGGGAGAGGAAUAUUUCUCCACCUGCCUAUGCAGAUGUAUAAUAGCUAGUAUCAGUCAAUUUGUACACUAUCUUAAAAUGUAUUCAUUCAUAAAGAGGUGCUGUGUAUUACUUACUUGUCAUCACACCCUCAUUAUCAAUAAAGCGGUAAUGAAG